AAAAUCACGAGUGAAUAGCAGUCAAGAUAUGUAGCCCUUUAACCCCCAAACAAGCCAAAGAAAACCCAGAAACUGCUCAAAUAUCAAAUUGCCCCUCCAUUUGUUCUUGCCCCAACCUUAGUAUCUUCUUAAUCCAUCCUUAAUAAGAAAAAACAGGGUCUCUGGAAUGCUGAAAAUGGAGUUAGGAAUUGAAAGUUUGCUGAAAAUGGCAUGGGUAGCAGCAAUUUUACCCAUUUUAAUUGCUUCCUUCCCAUCAUCUUAUCUCAAUCCGGUGCAUCAAACUCUUCUUGUUUUUGCUGGUCGUGGAAAAAUCAUCCAGUCUUCUUCUCGUCUCAAUAAACUCACAGUGCCCCAGAAAUUUUUCUCACAUUUCUAUGGGUUUGCUGUGGUAUGGACAUCAUUUUUGCUUCUCACAACUUGGAUUUAUGCACAUAAAAUUGGAUCAUUGGUUUCUGAGUCGACAUCUCACUCUAAUGUUGCCAGCUACUUGACUGGAGGUUCACAAGUUUUUUCCAUUUAUAAAACAUAUUCAACUUCACUGGAGCACAACUUUGGGAUUUGGCAAGCAGUCUUUCUUCUUAUAUUGAUGGAAAUUCAAGUAUUGCGGCGCUUGUAUGAGUCGCUAUAUGUGUUUAACUACAGCAGUACAGCUCAGUUGCAUAUCUGCGGAUAUCUAACAGGUUUCUUCUUUUACACAGCAGCACCACUGUCCCUUUGCUGCAAUUGUGCACCAGAAGUAUUUACAUUUGUGGCAAACACAGUUGCUGAGUUUAUUGUGAAAGGAAAAAAUCGCAUGCCGCCUCUUGAAUUUCAAUGGUUGGAGUUUCUUACUCCUCUCCUGAAGCUUGGUUGGUUUCAAUGGAUUGGUGCAGUCAUUUUCUUUUGUGGUUGGCUUCAUCAGCGUCGCUGUCAUGCCAUUCUUGGGAAUCUGCGGGAAGUGAAAGAAGAAGCUAAGGAUUACCGAAUCCCUCAUGGUGACUGGUUCGAAGUUGUCUCCUGUCCUCAUUAUUUUGCUGAGAUAGUAAUGCUCCUUCUCCUCCCUCUUCCAAAUAAAAAAAGUUAUGUAUGGCGGUCUUGUGGUUGCUAGCGGAGGCCUAGACCAGACUGUGUGGUUGAUUUUCGCAUUUGUGGUGGCUAAUCUUGUGUUUGCAGCAGCAGAGACACAGCGAUGGUAUUGCCGCAAAUUUGACAACUACCCAAGCAAUCGCUAUGCCAUUAUUCCCUAUGUUUAUUAAGAAUGAUCAAUAAUACAGUUGUACAUAUACGCUGAAAAUUGUUUGUGAAUCGUCUGGUUGUAACUUCCAUUUAGAGGGAACCCAGCGUAUAGAAAUUUGUUAACCAGUCCUAAACUCCAUGUAUAAAUUUUGCCCUGCGGCUCCAUGUUAAAUGACUAUGCUGAGAUGAUGACUAUCUCAAACAUCACAUCUCUUCUCCCCUGUUUUUACAGUA